CUAGGCACUUGCUGUUGACUCAUUCCGUACUUCCAUACUGCCCCGGCUACUUGGCUCUUCGGGAUAUCUUAACUAACCCCACCCCCGCAAUUCGGCUCGGCGCUUUUUCCAACAACUUUCCCCAAGACACACGCUCGCACAAGGUGACUGACUGUUCUGGGCCCUCGGUUUCCUCCUCCUUUUCUCCAACUCCAACCACAAUACAUACUCCAUACACACUCUGAAAGACCUUACCUUAGGUUGCCUUGGAUAAGCACACAGCAACUCCGUCAUUCACCCUCCUCCAACCACGUCUCACGUCCGUGACCUUCUAGGCAAGAACACGCGCAGCCGCCCCCCUCCUCUUCCUCCACCACCCUUGACUCUCCCCGCGCACGACCGCUGAACGCUUGAACGCCGCAUUCUUCCUGGACCUCGCUUCCUCGUGUCGGCCAUCCUUCGUCCGGACCUCUAACCGGAGCUCCCGUUCACACUCAAUCACACGCCCACGCUUACCUACUCCUCAUAACAACCCCCUUCCAUCCUCAUCUCAUUCGAUCCAUAGGUGCGCAGAUAGAGUUGCAAACCUGCACCUCUUCCUCCCCCUCAUCCUCCUCUCCUCUUCUUCCCUCCCCCACCCCCCAUCGGAUAGAUAAGACCGAGAAAUGAGCCAAGCGGCCGCGACGGACCCCUCGCCGGCCCCAACCUCCCCUCCGUCCCUCUCCGAAGACGCUGCAGCAACCACGGGAACCAACACCAGUAAUACUGCGUCUUCCACUACGACUACGACUACAACGACCACCAGCAGCACCGCGACGGCGUCGCCAGCCCUGCAGCACCAGCAGCAGCUAGACGAGGCCACGCCACCGACGGAUCAGGAGGUCCACGAGAUCAAGACCUCGCUCGCCGCUGCCGCUGCCGCCAAGGAUCCGGCCGCCACCACUACUGCUGCUACUAACGAGACGAACGACAACAACGACACCGACGACAACGGUAACCCCAACCCAGAGGGUAUCCUCAUCCUCGACGAUCACGAAGAGGUUACGAGCUACUGGGAUGCUGGAGCCAUGGCUCCCCUCAACUCAGUAUCUGCGGCGGCCAUCGCCCGCCUGAGACGAUAUGUACCGCCCGCAUUCCCGCUCUGGGACAGACUCCCCGUAAGCCGCCGAGCGGCCGUUUUGAUUCUCCUCUACGCCGACCGCAGAGGCGACCUGCGCGUCGUCAUCACGAUGCGCGCGGCCAGCCUGCGCAGUUUCUCCGGGCACGCUGCCUUCCCGGGAGGCAAGGCGGAUACACUGCAAGAAACACCGUACGAAAUCGCAAGGAGAGAAGCGUGGGAGGAAAUCGGCCUGCCCAUGGACGACGCCCGCAUCCCGAAACCCUUCAAGAUCGAACCCCUCUGCUACCUCCCCUACAACCUCGCCCGCACGGAACUCGUCGUCCGCCCCUGCGUCGCCUUCCUCCAUGCCGACGAGGACCCGGACGAAGACGACCCGAGCCCCCUCGUCGAGGAGCGCAUGAUCCCGCGCCUGGACGCCAAAGAGGUCGCCGCCGUCUUCUCCGCGCCCUUUCAGAACUUUCUCCGGUCCAAGGACGCCGACCUCCCGUCCUCGUCAUCGAAAGUCCUCCCGCCGGGCCACUGGUACGACGGCAGCUGGAUCCAGUGGAAAGAACACCCCUGGCGCGUACACAACUUCUACGUCCCCGUCGACGACCAGCGCGUCACGACGCCGGGAAAUACUAUGGAGGUGGAUCACCCGCAGAGCAACCUCGCCGAGAAGUUGGAAGAGGAGAAGGAUAAAGAGGGUGGCGGGCGGUUCAAAGUGUGGGGCCUGACGGCGCAUAUGCUCGUCGACUGCGCGCGCAUCGCGUACGGGAAAAAUCCCGAGUUUGAGUGCAACGGGCACUUUGGCGACGAGGAGAUUAUUCUGCAGGCGGAGAGGGAGGGGAGCUUGGUGGAGAAGAAGAGGAAGAGGGAUGAGACGACGACGAAUUCGACGAGUACGACUGCGGAGGGAAGUUGUAGAGGGAGCACAUGGCAUGCGCAGGUAUGA